CAUCAACUUCGCGUCGGCUGAGCGUCUGUUGCGCUGGUGCUCAGAGUCUGUGGAGUGCGAUUUGUUCCUAAGCCGCUUUAUGGUCAUUGCUUUCUGAGAGAUACCCAACAAGCGUUCUUGCUUUCGAUUUCGCGGUGCUUGUUUUCUAUCGCUGACCGCACCUGGCGUCCUUGGCGCACCUGAAGGCUGUCUGCUCUUGUGUCCUCACUUAUCCUUCGAAUAUGGAUCCUCGUAAUAUCUAAAUAUACGUGGAUAAGAUAAGUUUCUGUGCGGUUACCGGUGGCCUACCUCCAGUGUUGAUAUGUCGACAAUACCCGCUCACACCUACGGCCCUACGUGCCUUCUUGCCGACAAAGAUGAAGAUCCUGCGGCCGUCAGGUCGUCUCCAAAUCCUCCUCGGUUGCGCGCACAGUUCUUUUAUGCAUCUUCUUUACCGAUCGAUGACCCUCUAGCGCCUUUGCCUAUUCCCUCGGGCAGCUCCAGUUCCGCGUACGAGAAGUUUCCGCCGCAGCCUUUCUCUGCAAGAGACAAUAUUGCCCUCGAAGAAGCUUGGAAAGAAUUGCGCGAUAAAAGGGAAACAAAGCUUUCUAGGAGUAGUGGAAAGCAUGAUGGACCUUCAAAGGCUACCAGGAUACCGGGUCAUCACCAUAAGCUCAGCUCUCGCUUGGGCACUCCGAACAAGGUAGGUAGUCAAGAUGAUAAGAGGACGGGAGCCGAUGACACGAUACGAUCUUUGUCGAGGGAAUCUGAGAGCAUUCUACCAUCAUCAGCGGCGGGACCGAUUGGAGUCGGUGGACAACAAAGCAGUCUAAGGGAAAAUGAUACUCCUGGCGAUGGCAGUGGCAGCAUGAAUGAUGGCCGGAAGAGAGAAGUUUCCCCCCUUGGCGGGAGGCACAAAUCUGCGAAGCGUAAAAGCACCUCAUCUCCCAGCGAGGAGCCCACUCUAGAACCGGAGAGCGCUAUAUUGCAAGGAAGCGUAUCUUCUGACAUGAACAUCAGUGGGUCGCCGUUUAUCCGUGCACCUUCAAGGAGACCAGAUCUGCAAUCAAAUUCUCCGUUGGAUCCGAGCUCCUAUGGUACUACUCAGUCUCUCAGGCCUUCGAGCGCACGUGGAGUCCGUGCAGAAGAGAUCCUCGAUUCAGACAUGGCUGCCCCAAGAUCAUCCGGAUUAAGGAGAGAAUCCACACAGCUGGCCGAAUCUCCUGAUCGCUUGUUAGACAAGCUGGAGGGCGAUGUUCCCCAGGCAGUAAUUCCAGUUGGUUAUUCACGUCUUCAUUUGGUUGAACUGCCAAAUCUGAAGAUGAAACCUAUAUACUGGAGUCCAGUUCACGAUAUAUCUGACGUUUUACGAGCUACAUGGUUUUAUAAGAAUACUAUGCUGCCGGUUGAGCCUCAGCUGGCUAACAAACUCGAAGAGGGAUACCUUUAUAUGCAGCCAUGGACAGAGACAUGGCAGGAUGAGCUGAACAGCUGUGUCGAGAAUGGUGCAGACGCCGAGGCGAAAGUCGUGCACAGGCUCUGGCCUAAAGAAGAAAGCAAAUCUGUUAGCAGACCUGCGACGGCACAGGAACUGGGAGCGACAGGCCCUCAGCCUACGCCACCUGAUAAGACCACCGAUAUUGAAGUCGAGGCGCUAACCUUCGAUGAGAACAUGGCUGCUAGUGGUGCUCCUUCCCAGGAGGCGGCUUUGAAACCCUUCAAAAGCUCCAGUGUCAUAUACGUUGACGCAAAAAAUGCUCAAAUCCUGCGACCUAGUCUCCUUCCAUCCGCCUCUAGGGGGAGACGUCCGCUCAGUGCAAUUCGGAAAGGGAGACAAAUCGGCAUACCAGUUAUCCGCGGCUUCAGUCGGCAGAUGUGGGACAAAUUAUAUCCCUCGAAGCCUAAUCCUGUUGACGUGAGAAAUUAUAUAAGGCGGCCUCAGUCUAGGGACGCACCUGUCGGACACAGUGGACAGGUUUGUUAUGCUUGCGCAAUAGAAGAAUCGAGACCUAGCCCAACAGACCUAAUGCUUGUCAUCCAUGGUAUCGGUCAAAAGCUAUCUGAAAGAAUGGAAAGUUUCCAUUUCACUCAUGCUAUCAACGCGUUUCGCAGACAUGUCAAUGUGGAACUUAACAGUGAAGCAGUGUGGCCACACAUCCGCCCAGAUCUUGGAGGUAUAAUGGUUCUCCCAGUCAAUUGGCGAUCAACUCUUUCACUUGAAGAUGCAAAUAUUGAGACCCAGUCGAAUGAAGAUCCAACAGAAAACCAUUACUCCCUGAAAGAUAUUACUCCCGACACAAUCCCCGCUAUACGGACCCUCGUUAGCGAUGUUAUGCUGGAUAUUCCCUACUACCUUUCUCAUCACAAGUCCAAAAUGAUCCAGGCAGUUGUCAAAGAAGCAAACCGAGUAUAUCGACUUUGGUGUAAGAACAACCCGGGCUUCCAGGAGUAUGGGAAAGUCCACGUUAUGGCCCAUUCUCUCGGAAGCGUCAUGUCUUUUGAUAUCCUCAGUCACCAGCCGACCAGAGUGCCAUAUUUCGAUUUUGACUCCGUACCUGCUCACAACGAUAUCUUUGAAUUCGAUACGAGCAAUUUGUUCAUUUGUGGAAGCCCUGUCGGACUCUUCCUACUCUUACACAAAGCGAACCUACUUCCACGCAGAGGACGAAAUAAACCUGGGAGAGAAGGCGAGGAUCAGCAACGGGGAGUUGCAGGAGAAGCGGAUAAAUACGGCUGCUUGGCUGUCGACAACAUCUAUAACAUCAUGCACACUACCGACCCUAUUGCAUACCGUAUUAACGCAGCAGUGGAUAGAGAUCUGGCUGAUUCUCUCAGGCCAGCCCCAGUACCCUCUUCUUCCUCAUCAUUCUUCCAGUCCUUCGCUGGUGUCUUCCGCUGGAGUUCCUCCACCGGCCCUGAACCCUCCACGGCUCUUUCUGCAACCGCUCUCCCAUCCCGACCUGCAGCAAUAUCCAAGCUCCCAUCAAAUGUCGAGCUCGAAACUCAUGAUUUCACCCGCGAAGAGAUCGCUGAAAAGCGCAUGCUUCUCCUCAACGACAACGGGCAGAUCGAUUACUACCUCUCUGGCGGCGGUGGGCCCCUAAAUAUCCAAUAUCUAAACAUGCUGAGCGCACACAGCAGCUACUGGACGCUGACGGAUUUCAUACGAUUCGUCGUGGUGGAGGUGGCAAGGAAGCAGGGGAAGGAUGGGACAUUGCCAGCACUGAGGGCAGUGAAGAAAAAGGGAUGGAAGGCUCAGAAUCGGUGAAAAUCAGUCUAAAUGUUCGGAUUGUUAUGAAUCAUAUGUAGAUGUGAGAUGGUGUUAUGGUAUUGGUAUUAGCUCGUGAGACGUCAUAUACUCGGUUUCCUGGUCAGAAACCAGUUAGCAACAAGUUUUUAGAAUAUCUGAUACUGACAAGUGCAUGAAUUCUUCCUUGCCUUCAUGACUUCACGUCGUGGGG